AUGCCCUCCGCUUAUUCGUCACCUGUAACUGCUCAUUACAAUAAUUAUAUGACUUCUAACAAUCCUCAUUCGCCUUCUCUUUAUCAUUCACAAACUUUACCGACAAGUACAAACAGUCAACCGACGUACAACGUUAACGAUUUUGCAAAAUAUCGUGGAUUUUCACAGGUUUUUAAUCAAAAACAGCUUCAAUUACAACCUACACCAUAUCAUAGUCUUCAGAACUACAAUGCUCUUGGAAACGCAAUUGCCCAAUCAUAUAAUCUGUAUAGUGAACCAACAAAAACUUCUACAAAUCAGGGUUGCUAUUAUGGGAAUUGUUAUGGUAACACGGAAACAACUACUGACAUUAAUCAGAAAAAUUUACAGAGAUAUUCGCAGUAUUUAAACAUUCUUCAGAAACAUUAUGGUAUUAGGCUUCCUGAAGAAACCAGUAGUCAACAGGUGCAAAAUAGCUACCCUAAUCCGUCACAGUAUGGCUUUUCAACGACAGGCUCUUCGCUAAUUUAUGGACAACCAACUAAUCCUGUUAACAUUUAUGAGCAAUCUGUAGUCCAGCCAACCAUACAACGACCUAAUAAUCCUAUUCUACCACAGCCGAUUAUUCAACCACAGUCACCUGUUCGACCAUGGUCUGCUAUACAAAACAAUGCCUAUACCUAUAUGAAUUCUCGUGAAAGCGAUUUAUCCAAAACUAAUAAUUUACAAGGAAACUAUAUAAGUAGCCAAGGAACCAUGUCAAAGAGCAUCUAUGGUGCAGGACAGAUUAGCUCAGGCGUUACUUCUCAGGGAAGCGAAGAUAAAAUUGAUGAAGAGGAGUAUGAGAGUAAUCAUCUAACACCAAGUACACUGCCGCCGACAACACAACAACCUUUUACCUAUACAACUCAACAAACAUCAACUCAGUCGGUGAAUUCGGUUCAGGGUAAAGGUGACACACAACCGAUGAUCACAAUUGCUGCUCUUACUCAGCAAAUCAGACGUCUUCCGGCUGUACUUUAUGUCGAUUCUCGUCAAGCAGAUGCUAAACGUUCUGAGCAGUUACUACGAGAGACCUAUGGAUUACCACUUGUGGCAUUUUACGUGGAUAAACUUGACGAUUCGGCAGUUGUGGAAAAGUUACUGCAACAGUUGACAGCACAUAAAGGAUUACCUUACCUGUUUAUCUGUGGAACAUUUAUUGGAAGUCAACAACAUAUCGAAAACUAUCAUAAAAAUGGUCAGGUACCACAGCUGGUAGAAUAUGUAUGCGGUGAUGAACAAAAAAAACGUAAAAAGAAGACCUCAUCAUAA